AUGAAUGUAUCAGAAGCAUUCAAAAAGUGUAUGCAAGACGUGCACAAAAAAAAAUUGGAGAAAAAUUACCACCAGAAAACAAUCGAAGAUCGCCUCAUGAAUUUCCAAGGUGUCAGAAGACAAACCAGGGAUACGCUGAUGCUGCAAAGAAGAAACAUUGAUUUGAAUAAUAUGUCUCCCAUUAUCACUCCACAACCCACCAGAAAUAAAACUGCCAAGGAGAAGAUUCAAACAGACGUAGCCAAACCUGCCAAAAGCAACAAAAGAUUAGAAAUGCUCCAGAAGUGGAAGGAAGAAAAGGAAAAAGUUAAGCUGGAGAAUAAAAGACGAGCAAAACCAAUAUUCAAAGUAUGUCAUGUAACCAAUGAUGUCGGGAUAUCGAAUUUAGGUAAAGUUAAUAAGGAAAUCAAAGGAAAACCGAUUAAGAAAGAUACAUUGAAGUCCUCCUGGGCACCUGUGAAUCAUAAGUUCCAUGCACCUAAAAAUAUUAAACCUAUAAGUGUGCAUAUGGCUCCUAGCAAAGCAAAAGUAGCUACUUUGAAAGCUUCUGAAGCUGCAUGCAAGCCAUCCACAUCAAGUAAUACUGAUUUGUCUAAGAAAAAUACGUCAAAUAGUAGAAAAAACAAAGGAAACAAUGAACAAAAUAUUCUACCCCAGAACAGUCCACUGAAACGUUUGACCAGGGCACAGAUAUCCAAGUCAAAAAAAAAUCAACAAGCUACUUCAGCUUCACGACAAAAAUCUACACUGAGCAGUAAAACAGUGGAUAAAGGCAAGAGACAGCAGCAGGAAAAUGUGGCUGAUAAGAGCCCUGUAAGGAAAGUAAUGGUGAAAAAUAAUACUGUAAUGAAAGAGAGUAAAAUAAAGGAACAAAAAAAAGCGAAUGUUCAAACUCCUCUGAAGAAGAAAGUGGCUAUUAUUGGAAGAGUCGAAAACAAAAAUGAUUCAGAGUUGUCUAAAACUGAUUCAAACAAAAAACAUGUUGGAUGGGAUGUUCAUAAUAUCACUGAAAGCGAUGACGAUGUUUUUACCAAGUCCUCUACUAAAAAGAAAUAUGCAAAAACUCCCAUCAAACGCAAAAAUACCAUUAUUUCAAUAACCGAUAGUGAUGAAGACAGCUUCAAUACACCACCAAAGAAAAAUCAAACAAAAAAUAACCACACGCCGAAGAGUGGAAAAUCUACACCAAGUUCAGAAACAAGGAGUUUGCGUAAGGAACCCCAAACUCCAAGGAGUAUGCGUAAGCAACCCCAAACUCCAAAGGAAGACAAAGUAACCAUUUAUAGCGAUGAAGAGGUCAGUUUGAAGACGCCACGUAAAUCGGCUUCAAGGAAAAGUAUGCUAACGAGACCCAAGACCCCAAAGAGCGCGCGAAAAUCCUUGACAACUCACGCACCCAUAGAAGUAGAAGAAGAAUGUUCCCCAGCUUACAUCAGUCCGUUCGUCACCAUUUCUAGGGGCAAGGAUUCGGCCAGGAAGGAGUUCAAGUCCAGACUUUCGACGGGGGGCACCUUCAACACACCGGAUUCGAAAAACAAACAUUUUUCGAGUGCCACGAGUCCCAAAAUGGGGGCUGAAUACUUCGCGAAGCUGCUCAAUCAGGAGACUGCCAGGAUAGAAGGCAUCUGCCAACGAUGGGAGAAGUAUAGGGAUGAAAAUGAGCUGUCUGAGGAGGCUGAGACCCUUAUAUUCGUCCCCAUUGGCCAGUCGAGGCUACUGAUAGCGAAAAAGUUUCAGCAAUUUCGAGGUCUCAUUGAGAAGUGCAGGAAAUCAGAGUACGAAGACGAGAAACCCAUAACGUGCAAGGACUUGCACGGCUUCUGGGACAUGAUUUACAUGCAGGUCGGGGACUUGGAGAAGCGAUUCGCGUACUUGGAGAAGGUGAAGGAGAACAACUGGGAGGAGGUAGUGCCGGAGAAGAAACAGGUGGCGUCGAAACGUCCCAAAGGCCGUCCCAAGAAACCUAGCGCUCCCUCCCGCAUGAGAGAUUUCAUCAAAGCUGCCAGGAAUAAAAAGGGACAGCCGGAUGGUGAUGCAGCCGACACGGUGCCAGCAAUCGUCGAGCCAGCGAAAUCCAGCCCCUUGAAGGAGCUCUUCACUGCCUCGAAUGAGCGCUUCACGCCUUCGAAGGAGCGCUUCACGCCGGUGAAGCCCAGCAGCACGAGGCGCAGUUUGCGCGUGUCGCUGUUGUGCGGCAAAGCUCUCAAGAGGCCCAGCACUUCUCCCUGCCUGGCCAUGAUGAAGAUUUCGCAAGCCAUCAAGGCUGGGGACGGGGUGACACCCAGUAAAAGCAUCCUGAAGACGGAGAGGACCAGGUCGGAGAGCAGGAUGACCAAAUCGGUGUUGUUCGAGGACGAUUUGGAGAAGGAUAGUGGACCUUCCGAGGACGGGAAAAGAAGUGUGCGCUAG